AUGGAAGCAUCUACAAGUACACGCCCAUCGAAAUCAACAAGUGUGGCCGCUUGCUUUUGGACUAAUCCAGAAGUAUUACAAUGGAUGAAAAAUAGUUUACCUGAAUUAUUUAAUAAAUAUGGCGGCUUUUUUAAAGCACAUGGAAUACGAGGACGAACGUUAUUCAUGUUAAAUGAUAAUCUUUUACUUGAAAUGGGUAUAACAGAUUCACAAGAUAGAGCGCAAUUUCGUAUUGAAAUCGCCAAGUUAAAAAUAAAAUCUGAUUUACUUACAUUGAAAAAUACUCAUCAUAAAGGAAAUAUUCGAUUUCUAGAAGAAAAUCCAAUCAGUGAAUCACCUCAAAAUGAAAAUAUUUAG